AUGUUUAAAGACAAAGAGUAUGACAGUAAGAUGGACAUUAUCCCUGAGGCAGAAGUACUAUCCGAUUUAAAGCAACUAGAGAACGUUUUGCAAGUAGGUGAGGGUGUUGAAACGCAUUGCUCUAAUCUCAAAAGUAAAUAUUCAGCAAUUUCUCGUUGGAUCAAGAAAACAAAUAUAGGCAUUGGAACUGGAAGUCACUUAGAGGUUGACCAGUUUGGACAAGCGCUUAUUCCUGAUGAUAUUUCACAAUCUUCUGAUACAUUUAUUGCCUACAAGUCAACCGCAAAUGGUAACUGUCUGUUUAACUCAGUCUCUCGUUUGUUAGUGGGAAAUGACUCUAUUUCCUGUCACCUCCGUCUGUUAACAGCACUCGAACUGUCAAUGAACACUGAAUUUUACGCAGAACACCCAAGACUACACGUCUCAUACGACAGUGGUUUUUUUAAAGCAACCAUGUUUACGAUUUGCUUGUCAACAUUAGGAAUAGGCAUUUGGGAUAUUUCAAAAAAUCGUACAAAAGCAAUCCAAGCAGAGGCUCGAGUUGCUUCCAAAACGAAAGAAUGGGCAGGAGUUGCUUCCAAAACGAAAGAAUUGAUGGCACUUGCCAGUGUUAUUGCCAGGCCAAUAUUUUCAGUGUACCCUAAUGUUCCGUUAGUGUUCCGAAAAUUGCUCCACGGAACAAUACAGCCACGAGUUGCAGAACAUAUUCAAGCGCAAGAGAGCACAGUUUAUAUUAUGUGGUCUAGAGACGGAAAUUUUGAUGCUACAUCCGGGCGGUGGUAUGAACCAAAUCACUUUAUACCGUUGCUGAAAUCUGAACAAGUAAAUAAGGAAACUAAAGAAUCAAAAAAAACGCAGGGUGUUAAAAUCACAGAUUUCUUUCAAGGACAAGGUAGUAAGCGCAAGAGCAGUGAGUUACCAGGUUUAGAAUUUCCAGAAAGAAAGCGACAAACAGACUAUACUGCCAAGAAGAACACUAGAAUGCUGAGAUCAGAAACGGCAGAAAGGUGGAAAUCUAAUGAUCUUGCAACCUAUGAAGCCAAUGUCUGGCUAACUUAUGAUGAAGAAUUUAUUGAGAGAAAAGUAUUGCACUUCUCUGAAGUGUAAAGUUUGUUCUGAGUUUGAAACAUCCAUCAAUAAACGUCAUAACUUUAGCCGAACAUUUAUUGAUGGUUCCACCAAUUUCAAGGUAACCAGCGUGAUUGAUCAUGCUAAUUCUGAAAUACACAAGAUAGCCCUCAAUCUAUUUAGGCGAAAGUGUGGGAAACCGGCAACACCAAUCAAUAAAGAAAAAAACCAACCCACACUGAACUUCAAACUUGACCCACAGCAACAAGAAGAAAUGAAAAGGAAGUUCGACAUUUCGUAUUUUGUGGUCAAAGAAGAACUUCCAUUGACGAAAUAUGAGAAAAUAAUAGAAUUGGAAAAAAGGCAUGGUGUUUUGCAUGGUUCCUCCUAUAGCAACCGAACUGCAGCAACCAAUUUUAUUUCGUACCAAUCAGACCAACUGAAAAGUCAACUUUCAAAGGACAUUGCAAAUGCAAAAUUUUUCAGUGUCAUAUUUGAUGGAACAACCGACUGUGCAGUUGUUGAACAGGAAGCUGUAUUUGCCAUCUACUUUGAUCCUGAUCCCGACUUAGAUGAUGCCUCAGCCAAUGAUGGCCAAGAGCCAAAGGUAAAAGUACAGAUGGGAUUUCUUUCCGUGGAGAACCUGACAAGUUCCACCGCUGAGGGGGUAGUAGGUGGAAUAAAAUCUGCACUGGAAUCUCUAUAGGACACUCUGAUGUUGGUAUGCCACCACCAAGUCCAAUUGGAUUAGGAGGUGAUGGUUGCAACACUAACCGUGGAGAAAAAGGUGGAGUGAUUGCCUUGCUAAAGAAAGAAUUUCCCUGGUUUGUUUUUGUAUGGUGUGUUGCCCACCGAUUGGAGCUUGCUUUGAAGGACGGUUUAAACGGGACAUACUUCAAAGAGGUAGACGAAUGCCUUUUACGUUUGUAUUACCUGUACGAGAAAAGCCCAAAGAAGAUGAGAGGAUUGGAGGAACUCUACAAUUCGUACAGACAAUGUCUGGAAUUUGUAGAGGGUUCUUUAAAGCCUAAAAGAGCUAGUGGUACAAGAUGGAUCCUACAUAAAGUGCGUGCAUUAAAGUUACUUGUAGAUAAGUUUGGUAUUUACAUGCAACACGUAGAGUCGUUAAGUUGUGAUAACUCUGUUAAGCAAAAAGAUCAAGCAAAACUCAGAGGAUAUUUGAGGAAGUGGAAAACUGGGAAAAU